GGAGCACGUUGUGACUGGGGAGAGGAGCGUGUGAUUCGGGGUUUGUGCGCGAGGGGAAGAGGACGCGACGGACGAGGGCAUCGACCCCGGGUGCUGUGGUGCUCAACUAUCAAGGCCAAUACCAAAGACCAAGGCCAUGGCUCUGCCGCCACACGAUUUUCUCAUUCUCUAUGGCUCUCAGACUGGCCAGGCUGAGGGCAUUGCUGGUGACCUGCAAAAGGACCUCUCCGCAGCUGGCCUCAAUCCACUCCUAUUCUGCAUGGAUCAGUUUAAAAAGUUUGAUUUGACACAGGAGCGGCUCGUUGUGAUUGUGUGCUCAACGACUGGAGAAGGUGAUGCCCCCGAUAACGCAAAUCGCCUUUGGCGUCAGACCAAGAAAAAAACGCUGCCGAGCAACCAUUUCGCCCAACUCAGCUACACGGUACUCGGCCUUGGCGACACCAACUACGCAAACUUCUGUCAAAUGGGCAAGAAUUGGUACAAACGGAACCGUGUCGACACUUGCCUGCCAGUCGAACAUCUCAACCACACCAACCCUGCCAGUCUGAAAGACCUGGGUGCCACUUGCUUCUACCCGCCUGGCUUUGCCGAUGAUGGCACGGGGCUGGAGAUUGUAGUUGAGCCUUGGCGCGCUGGCUUGUUGGACGCCCUUCGCAAGCGUCUGGCUGAAUUGCCGCCGGCUGCUCCGGCUGCCUCAGCCUCUGAGGCAGCAGAUCCAGGAGCAUCAUCAACAGCAGCCAUCGCCGCCAAGUCGGCCGUCCCUGUGGGAAAUGCUAUUCUUCGCUUGCCACGCCUGCAUAAGCUGACCUUUGACGUCCAACUGCAAGCCCCCGAGACUGUCGACCCGGAAACUGAGAUGCCAACACCUACCACCACACCCUAUCGACCUGCUGUCCUCACGCGGUAUCGGGUACUGACGGCACCCAGUGCUGUGAAGCGCGCCAUUGAAGUCGAACUGGCCAUCGGCACGGGCACAGCUGGACACUACUCCCCAGGCGAUGCCUUUGCCGUGGCCUGCCCCAAUCGCCCCUCGGAGAUUGACCUCUUCCUGAGCGUCUCUGGCCACGCCGAAACUGCUGAUCACCCCCUCAGUUUCUCGGGCGCCGUGCCUGCCCACCUCGAAAAUUGCCGCACGCUUCGCGAGGUAGCGACCUCGGCACUUGAACUGCGAGGCGUACCUAAAAAGGCACACCUGCGACUCUUGGCUGAAUACUGUUUAGAGGCAGCAGAUCGCAGCCAUUUCCUCUGGCUCUCCAGCCAACAAGGCGGCAAUGAUUAUACCGCCAAUGUGCGGAAUUCUACCGGUGGCUUGCUUGAGAUUCUGGUCAAAUGCCCCUCUUGCCGGCCCCCUCUCCAUGUUCUCUUCACUUGCUUUGCACCACUUCAGCCACGCUUUUAUUCGGCGUGCAGUGCGGCGCGCGCCUCGCCGGGCUACGUGCGUUUUGCUUUCAACGUCGUUGAUGAUAUCAGCUCACCUGAUGGCCAGGCGCCAGAGGACGGCACCACUGCCCGACCCGGCCUUUGCACAACCUAUUUCGAGGAACUUUGCUUGAGUUUGCAUGACGUCCGCCCAGCAGACGUUGCUGACAUGCGGGCCAAGGAGACACGGGGCCAAUGGGUGGGUCCAGCCACGGCUAUCAAGGUGGAGGAUGUAUGCACACCGACUGCGCUGCCUACGGAUGGCCGAUUGCCCGUGCGUGUGCUCUGUGAGGAGCACUGGCAUGACCAUGGCCAACCCAUCAUCAUGGUCGGCCCGGGCACUGGCAUUGCACCGUUUAUCGGCUUUCUCGAGGCAAGAGAGGAACUUGAGCAGGCUGUCCGCGACAAGGCGCUGGAAAAGUGGGUGACGGCCGUAUCGCGUGAAACAACUUCGAGUGGCUUCAAAUAUGUACAGGAUGCCUUGCGAGCCAAUGCGACCCUCGUUUCAAAGCUCUUGCUUGAAGAGGAGGGCUCCCUUUUUGUGUGUGGUAGCGCCAUAAACAUGGGUCGCCGUCUGGACGAGCAGCUCGAGACGAUCUUCAUGACGGGGGCGGGCUUGAGCAGUGAGGAUGCUGCCAUUGCUCGUGCUCGUCUUGUUACAGAGGCCCGUAUCAAGAAGGACUUGUGGUAAUUUGUUGCGAGGAAGAACGUGGCGUGGGGCCAGGGUGCGGUUGUCCUUUUCUGCGAAGCAAAUUGCUGGUGAAACGAUGUGGUUCAUGGCUUUUGUCUUUUUCGUAUCAAAAGGGUUGUGUUCUCAGAUGUCUUUCAGCGCGACUGAGUGCUGUGCUGUUAGGAUUAGGGCUCAAGAAGAAACAGAAUACCGUACCUGGACGCACCCAGGGAACGGUGUAUCUCAAACCCCUAGCCAAUUGAGCCGCUGUAAAAGUU